AUGACUGGUUCCGAGGCAACGGACGUACACAGCAACAACAACAAUAAAAAUAAAAGCUGUGUUACAAGAGGUUUGCCGAAGGAAGCACUUGUCCACUUGAGGCUGAUGUCAGCAGGAGGCUCUGUUUUCCUGUGUGCUUGGACUUUUGGGGAACCUCGACACCGCCAACCUGCCUCACUUUCCAUCCUAGGUCUGGGGCAUCAUGAGGCCGUAGAGCAGAUGUUAGGGCUGACCGACGGUGGGAAGGAACAUGCGGCCUUGGCCAAGCCCGGUGGACUGCUGGUGCCCCACGCCUCCAUAACUGUCCUGAUGUCCAGAAGCCGGAAGACGUCCUCGCUCAGUCCUAGCUCCGGCCGCAAGGCAAAAGUUCCCUGGAGUCUCAAGGCAGUUGAAGAUCAGCUAAAGAUAUGUGGCCACAAGAGGGAUUCUGAUGUCUCUGAGCUGUUCCUUUCUAAAAAGGAACUGACCGAGCUUAUUGAUCUUUCUCAAUUUAAAAAAUUAAAAUAUUUAUGGCUCCAUCAUAAUAAGCUACAUGGGAUAGCCUUUUUAACUAGAAACUAUUGUCUGGCAGAGCUGUAUCUAAACAACAAUGAGAUCUUUGAGAUAGAAGGCCUGCGUAACUUGCCCUCCUUGCACAUUCUCCUGUUACACCACAAUGAGCUGACCAACCUUGAUGCCACCAUGAAGGAGCUAAAGGGAAUGCACAACCUGAAGAUCCUAAGUCUGUACAAAAACCCUUUAUCGCAAUAUAACCUCUAUCGUCUGCAUGUAAUCUGCCACCUUCCGGAAGUUGAGCUGCUUGAUGGGAAACAAGUUACAGAGAAAGAGAGACAAUCUAUGAUUACCAUUUUUGACCACAAGAAAGCUCAUAUUGUUCAAUCAAUAGCCUUUGGAAGAAGAGUGGACCGCAAGUCACCAACAAGGCAAAAAGUAGUCCAAAAACUUCCUUCAGAUUUUGCAUUUGGGGAUAAUGUUGACAAGACAGUGUUUGCUGACCCCGAAGAUGCGGUGUUUGUAAGGUCCAUGAAGAGAUCAUUGAUGGGCAUCAAGUGCAUGAACUGGGACACCGUCCCAACACGAGAGGAGCAGCACGAGGAGCAGAAAGGGAUCGACUCUGCCCAGAUGGUCAUGAUUUCUCUGAGAUAA